AGGUUCACUCACCUCAUGCCAGCGUCAGUUGGCCAACUACACGUGGGCAAUGAGAAGAAUACGCCAAUCGGUCAAUGUUUCGGAUCGCGACUACCAUACCUUGGCCGGGAGUUUAGACCCAGUUUUCCGCCGUGCUUUGAAGUUCCUGUGGGAAAAGACAACGCCCCGCUGGCCUUCGCUAGCCUGGGAACCAUAUGGGCAUGUUCGCAACGCUGAGCCCUCGGUCAUCCUGCCUCUUGGCCGACAUGUUCAUAUUAUUUGCAAGCUGUUUAAUUACAGGUAUGGGCGGCCCGUGGUACGUGUUUUUCCACGUGUUCUGUUAAUAUGUGCUACUGUGUUACUGGAACUGGUAAAACACCUUCUGAUUAUAUUUAUCGUCCAACAUUGCACUGAAUUCUUUUCCGUCCUUCCAAUAAUCCAAUAUGCUCCUCUAGCCCUCUAUCCAAGCAAGCUUCGUCAUCCCAUGAUUUACGCGAUCCACUUCCUUUCAGGCCUCACGGUCUAAGUGUGUCGAAGCCAGAAAAACAGACGCUGUUGGAAAUAUGACUAUAUAUUCCGUCAUCUAGAUUGAUCCAGACUUACAUGUGUAUCAACAUGUUGUUCAUCAUAUGACAUUCCUUAGCAAUCAGCUCCACAAUGAUGUCAUACUGACAUCAUAUCAUACGUCAUAUUCCAUGACCUUCUGCGCUAUUCUUUACUAUACUGAG